AUGUAGCCACUCAAAAAUCCAUUUGGUAUAAUAGAUCCAGAUGAGAAGCCAAAGUAAUACUAGAGUAAUCCCUUUGACAUAUGUAUCACUUUUGCUGAUAAUUACAGAAAAUGAUGAACUAAAUGAAAACAUUAAAUUAGGUGACAACGUGGAAAAUCAAGAAGAUAAACAUUUAUUGUUUGACUCAUCGAAAUAGUAUCCUCAAGAUAUCAUUGAUGAUGACAUACCAUUAUUAGAAGGUACUCCAAUAGACCCAACAAUAAAUUAGACCUUGAUAUUACAUCGCCAUUACUCAUUUAAUAAAGAAUUAUGAGUGUUCUCUUUUUCUAAAAAUGUGAUAGCGAGUAUUUAGAAGAUCCUGAUCUCUCAGGUCCCACCCUAAUUGUUGCAUCAUUAGGUCUAUUGCCAAUAUUUGUAAAUAGUUAUUUAAUUCAUGAGACAGGAAAAAUACAAUUUAAUUAUAUUUAUGGGAUUGGAUUAUGGGGAUGGUUAUUACUAUAUUUAUUAAUGAAUUUCAUGAUCUAACAAUAAGGAAAGCAGAUAGAGUUCUAUAAAAUAUUGAGUUAUUUGGGUUAUGGAUUGGCACCAAUAGUAUUAUUGACAAUUUUGAGUUUGUUUUUGUAACUGAAGUAUUAAAUGAUCAUAAAUUUAAUUUAGUUCAUCAUUUGGAUAUGCAUUAGCUAUUGUUUGUGCAGUAUGGUCUACUGCCAGUGUUUCAAAAACCUUUGAUACUGUAAAUUAUAAAUUAACUAUUAGAUUUUAGGAUUGCAACAUAGAAGAUUGUUAAUAGCCUAUCCCUUAUUUUUAUUCUAUUGCACAUUUGUAAUUAUAACAAUAUUUUGAU